AUGGCCACAACGCCAGUGCAAAUUCCGUUUGACACAGAGUGGCCCGAUGCUCUCCGGCGCGCCUGCAGCAGUGUGGCACAUCCCGUCGUCCGGGACAACGGGGGGGAAACACUUCAACAGAAGGGUCUCGGUGAACUUCGCACUGUGCCGGAGCGUGCACGGUUUCCGCUGAGGGUCGAGGCUCAGCCCCCGGCUGGCUUCGACGGCGGCCAUGGCGGCUACCGCGGAGCAAACACAGACGAAUGUCACAGGCAGAACGAGCAGUGGAACGAGGAAGAACAGCCCCUGAACAUGACCGACCGCGUAUCAUACAAGAGGGCCAUCGAGUACCGGGACUUGUCGGAACUCCCGCAGGCAUCGCCGCGCAAGAAAAACAGAAAUGUGCAACGGCAAGUGCAGCGGUUAAAGAAAAAGGAUGCGGACGUCCAUGCCAACGGUCGGCCCGACAUCGGCGUGCUGAUCACCCAGCUGGACCGGGGUACCUUCGGCAUGCGAUCCAACAUCCACCCGGACACGAUGGUGGUGGUCAACAAGUACAAGCUAAAUGACCGAGCGACUCAGCACCUUGUGGAAAGCAUGGGGAAGAGACAAAAGACGACGCAGGAGGACUUGAACGCUAUUGAUGCUCGCUUGGCGAGUGCUGAAAGACCUUCUGACUUGCUACCGGAAUUGCUCCAGGUGCUGGACAGGCAUGGAAAGCUUCCCGUGGCGCCCAAGGUACCGGCUAAGGCCGCCAAGGCCUCAUCUCCACCACCCUCGACAUGUUCGCCGCCACCGUCGGAGGUGCGGAUGAUUUGA